GAUAGUACAUUUAUGAAAUACUCGUAAACCGUGAAGUUCGAAAAACGAUUCUGAUUGGCAUGGGAAUGAAUGGUUUAUGUUGAAAAAAAUGUAUAAUUUCAGAACGCAAUAUUCCUAAAUGUACGUGAAAAGUAAUAAAACGGAGGCGUCUCGGUUUGGAUAAAUUGACUGGUAUUUGACAACACCAAAUUUAAUUACUUUAAAACAAUUAUUUCCCCCACUCCCGGACAUCGAACGGUAUAGAAGAAUUUAAAUAUUUUAUACGUCGUGCAUAUGUCAUUUGUGUAUUACGAAUACAUUAAAAUAUUAUCGGUGCGUUGUAAGUGUACUUUGUUCGUUCAAAACCGAUCGUUGAAAAUUUACAAAUGGUAUUUUUUUUUUAUGUUGCAAAAUUAGAAAGACAAAACUAUUUUUCAUUAUAUGUAGAUUAAAUGUGAGGGUGUGUAUGUGUUAUAUUUUAGAGCGCCGAAAAAUAUUUGUCGAGGCUCGAAGACGAAGAAUCGAUAAAAGAACCAUUGUCGAUAGAUCCACCGGUAUGUUCGUCGUUUUAUUGGAAAAAUUACUUCGGAAGAAAACAUAAGGUAUUCAUGCCCACCCCAAACCGACAGUUGUACUACAACUUGGAAGAAUACGACGUGAAAGACAUAAAAGACCUCGACCUUGAAGAUCGGUUUGUAUAGUACAGUUUACCUAAUAUAUCACAUAUUUGUUAUAAAUGUUAUGGUAUAUAAAACAUAAUUUAAUUUUCCUAUAUUUUUAAUUAAAUUUUUCGAAUAUAAAUUAAUUUUUAAUUUUUCUGAAAUUCCUUUAUAAUGAAGUAUAAAUGAAUUUACGGUCAUAUAUUUGAAAUUAUUUUUAUAUGAUAAUAUAUGUAUGUAACACACACAUGUGUUUGUUUUUUAUCGUUAACAAGAAGGAAAGAAGUAAAAAAAUGUUUGUGCUUGGCCGUUUCGGACGAAUGCGCCAAAGACCGAUCAGUAAUCACCAAGAUGAAUAAAGUGAUGAAAAAAAUCGGGAAACGAAAACAAUUUCAAAAACACGAACUACCACAAACGACGGAUGACUUUUCCGCGACUCCGGGAAACAGUAAAUACUACACGUUUCUGGUUUACUCUAUAAAAAAUGUAAACGAUUAUGCAAUCAGUUUGGAAAACAGGUACGUAAAUUAAUAAUAAACGUCUCUAUUAUUUUCACAUACAGUGGCGUGUAACCUCAUACUUUGGUUAUGCAAGCAAGAUUAAUUUUUACAACCACUUACCCCUAUAAUAAAACGACUGCAUAUAUUUCUAGAAAAAUAUGUAAAAAAAAAAAAACCUAUAUCAUCUUCUAUACAUCUGCUCAUAGUACUCACUCAAAUUUUCUUUUAGGCAAUUAUUUCAAAAAAUCACCGUUCGACGCGCCACUGUUCGUAUAGCCGAUAUGUUAUAAAAAUAUCAGUUGUUUUUUUUUUUUCAAGAUUCGAACAUACGAUAUUUUGUGAACGCAUAUCGAUUUCAUCAGCCGAAGACAAACGAAUCGGUGACGCGAUCAAUGCCGCUUUUCGUGCAGCCGCAAAACGUUUUGCGAACGAUUCAAAACACGAAGUUUUCCAUUAUAACCGAUACGAUUGAGCGUUAUCCACAACAAUGAUUAUACAACAAAAUAUGAAGAAAAAAAUAUAAAUUUAUCGUAUCGUUCGCAUUAUCAAUAUUACUGUGUUCAAUUUUCCUUCGAUUGCAGGCCAAAAAACUAAAUUUUAAAUACAUUGUUUUGUAUACUGUACAUAAGCCAUACGAUUGACGAGUAAAAAUAUGAAACGGUUAUAAAAACCAACAUUUUGUUUUCAGUUUUAAAACGAUAUCUUAAAUUCCCUUUUCAAGUUUACUCCACCCGAAUAGUUCAAACACAUUCUUAUCAAUUUUAUCAUUCCUAGCAAACUAGCCACUUUGCCUUGAUCUUCCCGGGUAUAAUAAUUUCAUUGGAGUUUAUUUAACCGAAAAGUCGCGAACAUGAGAACGUGUCAAUUUUAUAGAUCACAAUAAAUAGUUAUAAUAAGACUUAUUAUACU